GGGAUGGUGCGUCACUGGCUGCAGUGAGCCCAGCAGUGAGGUGAUACGUUAGGCUCCGCGCGGGAGUCUCUCCUGCGUUUGCUUGUACUUUUUGUGCACAACCAAGUUAUAAACUCAGUUGACACUUAUAGUAUACUACACGCGGCAUAAUUAUUUGCCAAUUUCCAGUUUAUUAUUUCAAAAAAAAAAUAAACGUUUUAAAGUAAAUUUAUAUAAAAGCACAGUGACACGUUAAAGUGUAUAUAUAUGCUAGUCACAGUGAAAGACGUAUAAAGUAAAAUAACAUAAUAAUAAUAAACUUUGUGAGUUAACGUACAUAUGUGUGUUCAACGUAAAACUUUUAUAAAAAAAUGUUUGUGGGUGAAAAAUGCGUCCAGGUCGAUGGUACACUCGUUGAUAUCAAGUGACCUCGUUGGUUUUACACAACAGUGUCGUGUAUACAUUUGAUAUCUAUUAUCCACUAGGCACCAAGGGGAUAAACUAAAAAUAUUUCAUCGAGUUAAUAAUCAAGCAGUGUCUAAUUUGAAAUUACACUGUGAAAUCACUAAAAACAUAAAAAUCAUAUGAUACCAGUGAUGAAAUUGAAAUUGUGAAAAAUGGCUGAUAAAACUCUGAGUGAAGUAACAUAAUAAAUAAAAAAAAAAAAACGGUAUAAAAGUAUAGAUGUUAUUUUUUUUAUUGAAGGGAGUAAAAAAAAGACAAUAUGAAACAAGAAAACCUUUGUAAAGUUAAAAAAAUAAAAUAAAAAUUACAGUGAAAAAUGAUAAAAGUGUAAAAGUAAAAGAAUAUAAGAAAAAGUCGAGUGAGCAAAGUAAGAAGGAAUAAUUGAAUCGUAAAAAAUAAAAACGAAUAUAUAUAUAUCAAUAAGUUUGAACUAAAAGUGAUGAGAGAUAUUAGGAGGAGUUGAAAAAGACACUGUCAGAUUGAUUAUAGAUGGUCGAGGUGCUUAAUUGGCGGCCUUGGGAGCCUACGGGGCCGUGCAGGGCACCUCGCACCACCCCGCGGAGUCUCCCGGGUGUAUUAAAUUGUGCUUCAAUAAUUAGUUAUCAAUUUGGAUAUAUUUGGGAGGCCAAAUCAACGGCCUCCUUAGUAACAAAAAAGGCUGGCAAGUGCAAUGUGGCAAAGCGGGGGCAUGGGUGCCCAUGCGGCCAACAAUCCAUGGAUGAAACUUAUGGGUAUUGUGCACAAAGAAAGAAGACAUCACGAUUCUGGUGGUACAACAACUGCUGGACAGGUACAACUUGUUGCAGGAGCAAACGAUCGUGCAUUAAAUCAAUCGCUGCCGAAACUCAGCAGCCAGGACGAGGAUGGGCCAAAUCCUCACAGCCAAUACACAGGCGUCACACACUUCGAACCAAUACCACACGAUCAUGACUUCUGUGAACGGGUCGUCAUCAACGUGAGCGGGUUACGGUUUGAGACACAACUACGUACGCUGAACCAAUUUCCGGACACAUUGCUUGGCGAUCCGGCAAGACGGAUACGUUAUUUUGAUCCAUUACGCAACGAAUAUUUCUUUGAUAGAAAUCGACCUUCAUUCGAUGCAAUUUUAUAUUACUAUCAAAGUGGUGGUCGGUUACGACGACCUGUUAAUGUACCCCUCGAUGUCUUCUCCGAAGAAAUUAAAUUUUAUGAAUUGGGUGAAUUGGCAACAAAUAAAUUUAGGGAGGACGAAGGAUUUAUCAAGGAGGAAGAAAAGCCAUUACCAACUCAUGAAUUACAAAGAAAAGUAUGGCUAUUAUUUGAAUAUCCAGAAAGUUCACAAGGUGCUAGAGUCGUUGCAAUUAUAUCUGUAUUCGUGAUUUUAUUAUCAAUUGUAAUAUUUUGUUUGGAAACAUUACCCGAAUUUAAACAUUACAAAGUGUUCAAUACAACAACAAAUGGCACAAAAAUUGAAGAGGAUGAAGUGCCAGAUAUAACUGAUCCAUUCUUCCUUAUUGAAACAAUAUGUAUCAUCUGGUUUACGUUUGAAUUAUCGGUGCGCUUCCUUGCCUGCCCAAAUAAACUUAAUUUCUUCCGUGACCUUAUGAAUUUCAUCGAUAUCAUCGCGAUCAUUCCGUAUUUCAUAACAUUAGGCACGGUUAUUGCCGGCAAAGAAAAUGAAAUGAAUUUGCCAAAAGCACCGGUCAGUCCACAAGAUAAAAGCACUAAUCAAGCAAUGUCCCUUGCAAUAUUGAGGGUCAUACGACUUGUCAGGGUAUUUCGAAUAUUUAAAUUAUCAAGGCAUAGUAAAGGUCUUCAAAUACUUGGACGUACAUUAAAGGCCUCUAUGCGUGAGCUUGGUCUGCUCAUCUUUUUCCUCUUUAUUGGUGUGGUGCUAUUCUCCUCGGCAGUUUACUUCGCGGAGGCUGGCUCAGAGAAUUCUUUCUUCAAGUCCAUUCCGGACGCGUUCUGGUGGGCCGUUGUCACGAUGACUACCGUGGGCUAUGGUGACAUGACACCGGUUGGCGUUUGGGGAAAAAUUGUUGGUUCAUUAUGCGCGAUUGCUGGUGUCCUGACAAUUGCUUUACCAGUGCCUGUUAUAGUUUCCAAUUUCAAUUACUUCUAUCACCGUGAGACUGACCAGGAAGAGAUGCAGUCACAAAACUUUAAUCAUGUUACAAGCUGUCCGUAUCUCCCUGGCACAUUAGGUCAACACAUGAAAAAGAACUCUAUGUCAGAAUCAUCGUCAGACAUAAUUGAACUGGAGGAUCAUAUUAUAUUAACUCAAGAAGUUAUUAAAAAACCAAAUUGUAUAUCUGGUCACAAUAACAACAUCAAUCCAACAUGUAUGAGCAUAGAGACUGACGUCUGACUACUAGUAAAGGAGACGGUGACAGCGUGGCGGCCAUUGCUGAAUCAAUUAUUAAAAAGCUCGAGUUCCUUGCGGUACCUAACAUAAAAGUCUCUCUUCGACAAAUGACAACAAUCGACAACUGUCCAGUAUCAUUGUCAUGUUUGUCCCAACACCUUGUUCAUAUAUACAUAUAUUAUUUCAUGACUUUGAAAAAAGCAAAAUCACAAGUUAAAAGAAAAAAGAAAAUAGUUGUUUUUUCUUGGGAUUAUUGCUGAAGCAUGAUAAUAACAAAUGAAUUUUUUUUUUUUUUUAAACAGAUUUAAGUUGUGCGCUCAAAAUAAAAAAGAAAUUAAUAAAAUAAUAAUAAUAAAAAAAAAAAAAAAGAGACACUUGGUACCAAAGCAAUCAUUUAUAUAGGGACUACUGCAGUAUAUACAUUUUGUAUAUGCUUGACUAAUUUUGCGCCCCACACCACCGACUCCAGUGUUCAAAUUGAAUUUCCGUAGCGUCGUUUUCCCAACGAGUGAAGCUAAGUAAGAUAACUUCAGGACUGACAAAAAAAAACAGUCAUGAAGACAAAAUAAAUAAAUAUGUAUAGCCUGAGAAAAAUAAAAAUCGUGAAUGAUAAAAAUUUUUAAAAAUAAAAGAGCAAAAAAAUAAAAUAAUAAUAUUAAUAAUAAUAAUAAAAAAAAAAUAAUAUUAAUAAAUUAAUAAUUAUAAUAAUAAUAAUAAAUAAUUAUAGUAAAGAAUCGUGAUGAGUUGGAGCGAAUUUAGCAAAUUUAUUAAUGUUAAGGUUAAUAGAAAAAAAAAAAUAAAUAAAUAAUAAUAAAAAUUUGUGGUAAAAAAAGCUAAAGAAAGUGGGAGCAAAAAAUUGGAGCCCCGGCGGGCCGCGGGGAUUAUGCCAGAUAAUAUUAAUCAUUUAAAUUCAUAAAAAAAAAAAAAAAACAAUUAAUUAAAUAAUUAACAAACAUUUUACGAAUUGUAAUAAAUAAAGAAAAGUUUAAAUAAAAAGACCAUAGCGGCGCCUUGCGAUGGUAAAAAAUUUUUAAAUAUAAAAAGCUUAAAAAAAAUAUAAAAAAAAACAAAAAAAAAAAAAAAUUUUUUUAACAGUUGUUUUUACGAAAUAAAAAAAAAUAAUAAUAAAUAAAUAAAUAAAAAUAAUAACGCUUUGUUGCGUUUCGAAUUUUAAAACAAGUGUUGCAUCAUUAUGUGUAUGCAAAUAAAUGAAAAAGGUAUUAUUCUUCAUAUGCAUAAUAAUGGGAUGUGCACGUGUGUAUUAUUGCUUUUAUUAUAAUAAAAAAAAUUUUUUUUUAAACAAUGAUAAAAUUAAUGUAUAUGAAUACAUGCGUGCACAACUGAGACAAUGGGACCGCGGCUCGAGAUUGAUAUAUACCGCGGUGAAUAAUGUAAAAAAUUUAUCAAAAAAAAAAAAAUAAUAAAUAAUAAUAGUAACUGGCUAAAUUAAUCAGUGACAUAUAUUAUAAACCGACUUAAUUUCUGCGGGCGUCGCCGUACGUUGCAUCGAAGCUUUAACUUGAAAUUCAAUUUUAAAAAAAUAAACGUGAAAAAUUAAAUAAUUAAAUUAGCUAAGCAGGAUAUAAUAUAUCUUUAAGACUUAAGUAUUAAUUGAGACGGACGAAAUAAAUAAUUAAUAAUACCAAACACACACAAAAUAAAUUUAAAAAAAAAAAAAAUAAAAAACGUAAACAAAAAUUUAGGAAAAAAAUUUUUAAAAAUAAAUACAAUUCACACGCUAUCGAAGGUUGCAUUAAAUCGUACGUAAUUGUGCAAUAUCCCAUCCUACAUCCUGCAUGUCUCAGUGUUACCUCGCACGCGUUCCAGUUCCAUUUUAGUGUGAGAUAUAAUUUAUUGUAAAAUAUAAAAAUUAAAAAAUGGAAAAAACAAAGAAUAAUAAAAAAAACAUCGUGAAAUUAAUUUAAAAGUUUUGUGAUGAUAAAAAGUAUUUUUUUUUUUUUUGUUUUUUCUAAUCUCUAGUGUUCAAUGAGAUUAUAAUAUAAUAAUUGUCACAAUAAUUAUUUCAAAUAAGCAAAUGCACACAAGUAUUAAAUUGACUAGUCAAAAAUAAUGUUAAAAAAAAAAAACAGGCAAUAAAAUGUUAUUUAUUUUUUUAAUUUUUGUUAUUUUAUUUAAAGUUUUUAUUUAUUUAUUUUGUAAAAGUGUUAAAAUAUGGUCAGAAGGAUGUUUGGAAUUGAAACGCGUUGCGUAGCCAAUCCUUCCUGCCGAUUCCAUAUACGUCUACUCUUAAUUGUAAUUAUUCUAUUAGUUGUAAACGAAAAGAUAAAAUUCAAAAAUGAAAAAAAAGCAAAUAUACGAUUUCUGAAAUCAACAAUUUUUUGGAAGUAUUACGCUUUUUUUUUUUUUUUUUUUUUCUUCCAGCAAACUCUGGUGAUGGCUGCCUAUUCAAUGAUACUUCAAUACAACCAUGUUAGAAAAAAAAAUAAUUAAUAAAAUAAAAAUUUAAAAAAAAAAAAAGAAUUAAAAACGAGAAAAAUUGUGAAAUAUUUUCCAUCCAUUUUACCGUCACACAGUGGUCGAGAGGUGGUCUAUUGAGUCAAAUUAAAUUUAUUCAAUAUAUGUAAAUUAAUUUUUUUACAAUAAUUUAGAUUUAAAAUUUUUAAAAUAAAAAAAAAAAGGAUCUUUUGUCCUGUUAAAUCCAAUUUAAAUUGUAAUUUUGUUGAGUUUGAAAAUACAUAAAGGUGAGGUCUUCAACCAAAUAAUAAAAUUAAUUUAUCUCAAAUAUAAAUGAGAUAAGAAAAUUUUUAAUCAAGCAAGAGACCUCCUACCGUCCCAUUGACCAUCCCAGCAUAAUAAAAAAAAAUUAAAAUAAUAAUAAUAAUAAUAAUCAGCUCAGCUUGAGACAAAGAAAUAAAAAAAAAAUAUAAAUAAAUUUUUUUUAUUCAAUUUAAAAAAAAUAUAUUCCAGUCGAAAUCUUAUUAUUAUUAUUAUAAAACGUUAGCAAAUGCCCUAGAUGUAAAUUUUCAUUAUAGCCACAAAUAAUGAGGCUAAAAAAAUUUUUUAUUUUUUUUCUUAUUUAAACAUUCUUUGGGCAUAAAUUAAAUUAAGAAAAAAUUGUCUCAAAUUAAGUAUUAAAUAUAAAAUCAGAAAAUGCCAUUAUGUUUAAUGAAAUAAAAAAAAUUAAAAAUACUUUUUAUUAGAAUUUAAUUGAUCUAAAUGGGAAUAAAUUUUGAAUAAUCAGGCUUAAAUAAUUAAAUAGUAGACAAAUAAAUUUAAAAAAAUUUAAAUGUAAAAAUGAAAGAUUGUGAAUAAGACUAAGAUCCGAAUGACUUGUUAAUUAUUUCAUGAAAAUAUACAACAAGUCACACGUUGAUUGACACACAAACACAAAUACUCUUAUGCAUUUGAAAUUUUUUAUAGCACAAAAUAAACAUUUAUCAAGAUGUCAACAGUUAUUUUAAAAAAUAUUACAAUUAUUUCCAAUACAAAUUAUUAAUUUUAAAAAUUAUUACAUCAUGUUCUAAAUAAAAUAGAUUCACCAAUAUUAAAAUUAUAAAUAAAUAAAAAGAUCUGACAUUUGACGAGAACUGACCACGAAUGAUUUUUCUCCUCAAGAAAAAAAAAUGAAGAAGAAUUUAAACACAACUGAUAAAUAUAUAAAAUUUUAUCCAUAAAAAAUUCAAAUAUUAAUAGGAAAAAAAAUUUUAAAAAUUAAUAAUUUUAAUAAUUCGAGAACAAAAUUACUUGAAUAAUAAAUAAAAAUAAAUCUAGAUGAAAAAAAUAGCUGAAAAAAAAAUUAAUAAUAAAUACAGAAAUCUUUAUGCUUUUAUUAAUAAAUUUAAAGUUUUUUUUUGCUUCCCUGGUUCAAUAGAAAUUGUAUGAUUUCAUUGCGAAAGGAAUUAGUUAACUUGAAAAAAAAAAAAUAAAAUUAUAAUAAUUCUAUAAAGAUGAUAAAAUUUACUACAACUAUAACUACUACUUUAACUAUUACUGCAAGUUAUUAUUAUUAUUAAAACUACUAACCAAAAAAAAACAAAUAAAUUUUAAAAAAUAGUGAAAAAAUAAAUUUAGCUGAGUAGCUUUGAAUUAUCUUUGUUCAAAUAGCAGUAAAAUACGAUCAAAAAAUUAAAAAUUGGAAAAUAAAAUUGUAAUGAGAGAAAAAAAAAAAAGUAAUCAUUAGCCUCAAUGUGACAAUAGAUAAUAUUAUUUUAAAAAAAAAGAAAACUUUUAUUAUGCACUUGUAUAAUUGUAUAAUUUUUUUUUCAUUUGAUUUUUAAUGGAUAUAACAACAAUCAGGAAAAUAUGUUACAGUUAAAAAAUUGAUUCUCAAUAUAAACAAAUAAAUACAACGCCAAGAAUAUUUAAUAUUUCGAUAAAACUCCUAUGAAAAUCCAUUGGACUUCCAUAAUUUAUUGGGCCGAUUGUAAAACAUAAAAAUACUCUUACACGAUAUUUUAAAACUUUUAAAAAUAAUUUCAACAAACAUGGACAAGAUAAAAUGAAAAAAUAAUUUAACCAUCAAAAAGUCAAAGAAUUAAAUAUAAAUUAUAAUUAUUUAUUUGUAAUUUUUUUUUGCUGCACCAAGUGCUGAUAAAUAUAAAUUUAAAUCAAUAUUCAAUAUAAUACAAAAAAAAUAUGUAUAUAUUAUUUUUUUAUUUUUCAAUGUUAAUUAAAUGCCAAUUUGAUGCAAUUAUUUAAUUAGUUUAUAAAUAAUAAUAUUAAUAAAAUAACAGUCGAUACACAGCUCAGUGAUUACGCUCAUGAUUUAUCAUAUUGAAAAACAAAAAUAAAAAACAAACAAUGACGACGAGAAGUAAUGAAACCAGUAAAUGCAUUCCGAAAAAAAAAAAAAAAAAAAAUUAAAAUAAUUUUGUUA